AUAUCGUCAGGAAAAGUGAUCAUGGAAACGGUUCCUUGGGAGCUUCUCCAAAAAUGUCUUGUUGUUUUAAUUUGUUUCUCUUUGUUUUGGAAGAUCAUUAGAUAUAUGUGUGGCCUCCUCAAAGUAGAGAAGGAACCUGUCACAGUAUUGGUCACCGGUGCUGCAGGUCAAAUUGGCUAUGCCCUUGCUCCAAUGAUUGCGAGGGGUGUGAUGCUUGGUCCAGAUCAGCCUAUAAUUCUUCACCUGCUUGAUAUUGAACCAGCAGCAGAAGCCUUGAACGGGGUGAAGAUGGAACUGGUUGAUGCUGCUUUUCCACUUCUUAAAGGUAUUGUUGCUACUACCGAUAUUGUAGAAGCUUGCAAGGAUGUAAACAUUGCUGUCAUGUUGGGUGGAUUUCCUAGGAAAGAAGGAAUGGAAAGGAGAGAUGUGAUGUCUAAAAAUGUAUCAAUUUACAAGGCUCAAGCUUCAGCUUUGGAGCAGCAUGCUGCUGCAGACUGUAAGGUGCUAGUGGUUGCUAAUCCAGCAAACACCAAUGCUCUCAUCUUGAAGGAAUAUGCUCCUUCGAUACCAGAGAAAAAUAUCACCUGUCUUACUCGACUCGAUCAUAAUAGAUCAUUAGGGCAAAUUUCUGAGAGGCUAAAUGUUCAUGUUGGUGAUGUAAAGAAUGUUAUCAUAUGGGGAAAUCACUCUUCAACCCAGUAUCCAGAUGUCAACCAUGCUACUGUCACUACCAGUAGUGGGAAGAAAACUGUCAGGCAAGCUGUGGCAGAUGAUGACUGGCUGAACAAUAAGUUCAUCAGCAUCGUUCAGCAGCGUGGUGCAGCCAUUAUCAAAGCCAGGAAGCUGUCUAGUGCAUUAUCUGCAGCAAGUUCUGCUUGUGAUCAUAUUCGUGAUUGGGUGCUUGGGACCCCCAAGGGAACAUGGGUGUCCAUGGGAGUGUAUUCUGAUGGGUCUUACGGUAUCCAACCUGGCCUCAUUUACUCAUUCCCUGUCACUUGUGAAAAAGGAGAGUGGAAGAUAGUUCAAGGCCUCCAGAUUGACAAGUUCUCAAGAGAGAAGAUGGAUAAAACAGCUCGAGAGUUGAUUGAGGAGAAAGAACUGGCCAAAUCAUGCCUCAAUUGAGACUUGAGAGCUCAUUUUAUGUUGGAAAACUGAUUUGAGGAACAAUAAAAAUAAAUUAAGUUCAUGAAAAUAUUGAAAAAAAGAAAGCUUCAUUCCUAUCAA